AUGCAUUUUUAUACUGAAGUAAAAUCAUCAUUUAUCAUUGUUGCAUUUCUUGGUUAUAUUUUUUUUGAAUUAUAUCGAAAAGUUAAUCGAUAUUUAACACUGAGUAUUUGGAGUCAAUUUACGUUUACGGCACAAUGGUGGUCAAAAAGUGAUUGUGUAUUGUAUAUAAGCGCUGAUGAUCUUGAGAAAGUUCGUAAAGAACAUGCCAUUGUUAUAAUGAAUCAUAAAUAUGAUAUUGAUUGGCUUGCUGGUUGGAUUAUUUGUCAACGUCUUGGUAUAAUGCAAGGAUCAAAAAUAGUUGGUAAACAAUCUCUUAAAUUAUUACCUAUUAUUGGUUGGUGUUGGAUAUUUACGGAAUCAAUAUUUUUAAGACGUAUAUGGGAAAGUGAUCGUGAAACACUUGUUAAAGAUUUACGAAAAAUUCUUGAUAAUUAUCCAAAAAAUUGCUUUUUUAAUUUUUUACUUUUUUGUGAAGGUUUACCAGAACUUCAACAUCAUAUAUUACCACGCACAAAAGGUUUUACUUUAUUAUUACAAGGAGCAGUAGAUCGAAUUACAGGAAUAUAUGAUUUGACUGUUGGUUUUAAAAAGAGUGGAGCUAAACCGACACUUUUAAGCAUAAUAAAAGGUCGUUCUUGUCAAGCAGAAAUAUUUGUUAGACGUAUUCCACUUACUGAAAUUCCAAAAGAUACCAACGGAUGUAACAAUUGGGUUCAUAAAUUAUAUGCAGAAAAAGAUAUUAUAUAUGAUUAUUUUGCUCGUCGUGAUACAUUUGAAGGUUAUGAUUUAGCUCGUGCUGAGAUUCAACUAACUAUUGAUGUUCGAGCUAUGGUUGCCGUGACAGAAAUUGAACGUGGUUCGCAUUAUGGUGAGACACGAAAGAUUAUGCAUAUUUAUAAUGAAUUUAAAUCAUUAUUCAUUAUUGUUGCAUUUCUUGGUUAUAUUUUUUUAUUUAGUGGUUUAAUUAUUAAUUUUUUACAAUUAUGUUCUUGUGUAAUAUGGUCAUUCAAUAAAGAAUUAUAUCGAAAAAUUAAUCAUUAUUUAGCACUGGAUAUUUCGAGUCAAUUUACAUUCGCAACACAAUGGUGGUCAAAAAGUAAUUGUGUAUUGUAUAUCAAUCCUGAUGAUCUUGAAAAAAUUCAAAAAGAACAUGCCAUUGUUAUAAUGAAUCAUAAAUAUGAUAUUGAUUGGAUUGCUGGUUGGAUUAUUUGUCAACGUAUUGGUAUAAUGCAAGGAUCAAAAAUAAUUGGUAAACAAUCUCUUAAAUUAUUACCUAUUAUGGAUUUACGAAAAAUUCUUGAUAAUUAUCCAAAAAAUUGUUUUUUUAAUUUUUUACUUUUUUGUGAAGGUUUACCUGAACUUAAACAUCAUAUAUUAUCACGUACAAAAGGUUUUACUUUAUUAUUACAAGGAGCAGAAGAUCGAAUCACAGGAAUAUAUGAUUUGACUGUUGGUUUUAAAAAAAGUGGAGCUAAACCAACACUUUUAAGUAUAAUAAAAGGUCGUUCUUGUCAAGCAGAAAUAUUUGUUAGACGUAUUCCACUUUCGAAAAUUCCAAAAGAUACUAAUGAAUUUCGUGUUGAAAUUCAAAGUAAUUAUUAUGAUUUAUUAAUUGAACUUAGUUGGAUGAUAAUCAUUGAAAUAUCAUCAAUAUUUUAUCUUAUUAAAUUUCUUUGGACAAGUUCAUUUUUUGCUCAAUCAAUUUUUCUUAUUGUAGUUAUUCUUGAAUUAACUUUUCUAUAUUUAUGGUGGACUGAUUCUAAUGUAACAGUUUAUGUUGAUCCACAAGAUUUAAAAUAUCUUCAACAUGAAUAUUCCAUUAUACUUGUUAAUCAUCGAUAUGAAAUUGAUUGGCUUCUUGGAUUAGUAGUUGCACAAGAACUUGAUUUACUUGGAGCAAAAUUCGAAAAAAAUUUAAAAAUUGUUGGAAAAUGUUCACUUAGUUUAAUACCAAUUCUUGGUUGGUCAUGGUUUUUUUUUAAAUCAAUUUUUUUACGUCGUAUUUGGGAAAGUGAUAAGAAAAUAUUAGAACAUGAUAUUCAACAACUUCUUAAUGAUUAUCCAGAUAAUUAUUAUUUUAGUGUAGGUUGUUGGUUUUUUUGUUUUGGUUUAAUUGUGAACUUUGCUCAACUUCUGACAUACAUUUUUAUUUGGCCAUUUAAUAAACAAUUAUAUCGUCGAAUAAAUUAUUAUCUCGGAACAUUAUUAUGGAGUCAAUUAACUUUUCUCUAUUCAUGGUGGGCUGAUUCAAGUGUAACGGCUUAUGUCAAUCCACAAGAUUUAAAAGAUCUUCAACAUGAAUAUGCAAUUAUACUUGUUAAUCAUCGAUAUGAAAUUGAUUGGCUUGUUGGAUUAGUAGUUGCACAAAAAAUUGGUUUACUUGGAGGUUUAAAAAUUGUUGGAAAACGUUCACUUAGUUUACUACCAAUUCUUGGUUGGUCAUGGUUUUUUUCUGAAUCAAUUUUUUUACGUCGUAUUUGGGAAAGUGAUAAGAAAGUAUUAGAACAUGAUAUUCAACAACUUCUUAAUGGUUAUCCAGAUAAUUAUUAUUUUAGCUUUUUGAUGGCUUGUGAAGGUACCCGAUUCACAGAAAAAAAACGAUUAGAAAGUAUGAAAUAUGCACGAGAGAAAAAUUUACCAGAAUUAAAGUAUCAUAUAUUACCACGAACAAGAGGUUUUACAAUGAUUAUGCAAGGAGCAAAAGGAAAAAUACCAGGUGUUUAUAAUUUUAUGCUUGGCUUUUCAAAAGAUAGUGCUCUACCAACAUUUCGUACAUUGCUCAAAGGACAUGCUUGUAAAGCUCAACUUUAUAUCAAACGAGCUCCUACACCUCAAAUUCCAUAUGAAGAUGAUACAAAAUGUGGUGACUGGAUCCAGAAACUUUUCCAAGAAAAGGAUCGCAUCUAUGAACAUUUUGUUCAACAUGAUAAUUUUGAUGGUCUUGGUGUACCAGAAGUAUCUGUUGUUCAAAAUUAUUCUGAUCUUUUAAUUGAAAUUUUUUGGCUUGUUAUUAUUGGUAUUCCUUCUUUGAUUUGGUUUAUUAAAUUUAUCUUACAUAGUACAUUAUUUGGAAAAAUCAUUUUUACAUUGAUUAUUCUCACUGUUUAUGUUAUUCUACAAUUGAUGAUUAAUAUGUCGGUAAUUAAAAAUGAUGGCAAAGUAAAGAAGAACAAAUAG